CGUCAACCUCGCAAAAAAAGAAUUCUGCACGCUUAUCUGAUGAGGAAGUUCUAAUGUUCCAGUAACAAUUCCUCGUCUGACAAGUCAUCAUGAGUUUAUCAUUUCAUUUUCAAGUACGAAACUACCUAUUUCAAAAACAUGUAGAGAAAAAUGACCAAAAACAUUAUGAGGCUACGGGGGUAGUCCCUCUGAGGCUACGGACGGUCGCCCGAGGAUACACCAGGUCAAACUGUGGACGGCGAGCCAACUCCUAUCCUAUCCAAACAUUAUGUUGCGCCGUACGCAAGUCGCUUUUCUGAAAGUUGGAGUAGUACUCCUCUCUUUUUGCACACGACCAGUAGUCGCUUCCAAGAAGGGUCACCAUCGUGAUGCAGCCCGCUCCGACAAUCUGUGGGCGGAAGAUGUUGAAGACAAAGUAGACGUCCGUGGAGCAGAUGAUCUUGAUCCCGGAAUCGAAGCAGUUGCUAGUAGCAGUGCAAAACGUGCUCAUCAUCAUGGACGAAGUAAAAAUGUGCAUCGAAAAGCGGCUAGAGAACGAAGUCAUCCAGUAAAGUCUAGUAGAACUUCACCAUCUUCUGAUUUUGCAACGAAUGAAAAUGAACCUAUGAGACACCACGAAAUGCAAGUACCAAGUAAAAGUAGUAGCAUAUUACCGGAUAGAGGAGCGCAUAUUGGGAGAAGCACAUCGAGUAAGCGUCUUCAUGCACAUCAACAGCAUACUCGUGCAGAAAACCAAGUUUCUCAUAGCAUCGAGCCUGGAGCUGGACAGGGGUCUCAAUCUCAGCAUCGGAGAUCACAUAGCGGAACGAAGCUGUUGCGCGCCGAGCGACAGCCUCGCCACGAAACAGACGCAUCAACAAAGCCAGGCGAAGGGGCAAGCGCUGGUGGAGAAGAGGAAGUGAACCUGAAUGCGAUUUUGAAAGAAAUUGAGUCUGAGGUUGCUCGAUUCAAGCAGGUGAACACUAGACGAAGUGCCAGCAGCGCAGAAAAUGUGCAGACUGAGCAGCCGGAGGAAAGCCACUCCACAAGAAUCCAGCAUACUCCACCAUCUUCUUCACCCGCCUUAGCGAACAAGCCGUUAUUUUCAACAUCCUUCAUCAACAAGUUGUCCUCUUCAGCGUCAGACAUGCAAAUGCAAUCUUCUGGUAAAAAUGGCAAAAGCUCAACUUCAAGCUCUUCUUCUCGUGGCGCCUUCACGGACUCCCUUCGUGAUGUGAUUUCCUCAGAAAUCCAGAAACAUCUUGCAUCACAGCAAGAGCCGAAUCAAGUUGGUGACCUGGAGACCGCUUUGCAAAACUUGGUGAAAGAUGCAGUCGCGAAGUCAUUGCCAGCAGGAAUGGUAGCGGGUGGAGGCAACUACAUAAUGGGUGGUGGCGGAGGAGGCUAUGUUGUGCCACCUAAUGGUGCAAACUACUGGGGCAUGAUGCCCUUACAGCGAGUCCUCGACCAUCAGGGCACGCCUUACAUCCCAGCAGGCGGUGUGUCGCCAGGUGGUUGGCCUAUUGAUCAUAUGACGUCGGUUGCAGCAUCGCAGCCACAACAAGUCAGGCGUCCGAUCAUUGCUGGUGCUGCAUCAACAGACUCAUCAUCUCUUCAACCACUCUCGUCAUCCCCCUCCGCCGGUCACUCCUCUAGCUCUACAGUACCACGUUAUUUGCGAUCGCAUCUGCUCUACUGUGGCAAGGACGAGCCGGAACGCUGUUACAAACUAGAUAGUAGCGGACGCCUUGAGCUAGGCAAGGGGGCGCGACAGGUGUGUCCAGGUUUCGCAGAAAAAGGCUACCACCAUCUCAAGUAUCCGACUGCUGCUGCGCCUACGGGCUCUCAAGUUCUCAACAAUGGAGGAUUAGCGAAAAAUUUGAACAAUAGUACAACAACUUCAACUUCUUCAGAUCUCUACUCGGGCAACUUCUAUCCAGAAGAUCAAGAACAGAGUUCUUCGACGUCCACUUUUUUCGGAUGUAACGUCGUCGAUGGUGAUCCACCUGACAGAGCGGCUUUUCGCGGUUGGGUUUUGCGAACAGCUCUGGGCGGAGAUGGUAGUAGUGAAAUGGGGAUUGCGACCGGGCGUGGUCAAGGAGCUUUGUUUGUUGACCAAACUGAUACUGAAGUAGCACAACAACAACAAACACCUCCUUCUACUUUUCUGGAGAUUGGAAGCUGGAACUUCAAAGGUGCAGGUGAUUUGGCACCCGAUCUGCCUAGACGGAGACAGGCGUUUAGCGAGGACUAUCCCAGUGGAGUCUCCCACGGUCGUAGGUCGAAACAACAACGUCGUGGUGGCCGACGACCGAACUCUGAGAAACGCCUCCUUCACCGCGAUCCGAACAAUUUGCGGCAGAAUGGUGAGCAGUCGAGAGGACAGGCCUCACCACGUCGUCACCCAGGUCCCUUUCCUCCUGAUCGAAAACAGCACAAUUAUAGGCGCGUCCAGCAAGCGAAAAAUCGACGAGACUCAACAUCAGCGCGUACUCGACGUCGCAAUCGUCAGGCAUUACACGGUUACAGUCCAGUAAAGUCGGGAGUCGAUUUUUUUCGCGAAGAUCGAAAAAUCCAGUAUCCAACGUCGCACGCACGCCGCAGCGUUCCGAAGAGACAACGGAGAACUUCUGCACAAAGUCACCGCGUUGGAGUCCCCUCUAGUGCAACCGCAGGAACAGCGCACGCUGCCCACGGCAUGGUCGACAACUAUCUUCUGGAUGAUCAUGGAAACACAUUACCAGCUCCAACGCCAGAGCUGCAUGAGGAAGAUUCAUCCCCAUCCACGACCACGUUAGUCACCCGAGCCUCUCCAGCUACGAGUACAUCAGAAAGCGCCACUUCAUCUGCGCUGUCUUUCCAAACGAAGCAGCAAACUACAGCUCACUCGCAACACGUCAGUCACGUCGAUGCCCUGUGCAGUCCGCGGGUGAGUAUCUAUUCGCGUGACCUCGUUUUCGACAAGAAAUACGACGUUUUGCUGCCGCCUAGAGGGGCUUUAGGCGUGUUUAAUUCCCACUUGGCCGAUUCGAGAAUGCAUGAGUUGCCGUUCGCACAUGCCAGGUACCUGUUUCAGUUCAGACCACGACGUGUUUUGCCUGAAGGGUCUAGUGGGGAUGCGGAUGAUCACAGUUCUUCGUUUUUGGAAGAUUCUAGUAGAGGCAGCACAGCUUCAUCAUCAUCGACGUCGUUUUUCGAUGCCGACUCUGGGAUGCGUGAUGAAGCUGCACUACUACUAGAGGACGAAGAUGAAAGAUUUGCUGGUCUAGAUGAUGGAGAUCAAGGUGGUCUUGUGCAAAAGGAGGCCGAACCACGGCAAGCCAAAAGUGGGUCCUCCUCCAACUCGGAUAGAAAUAUGCUAAGUCUCUCUGACAAUUUCGGUGGUGGAUUAAUCCUCCACCAAAUCCGUCUUGCCUGCCUCAACGGUGCGACAGAGUACUGUGGCCGAUAUGUCUGUGUGGAUGAGAAGAAUGAGUUCUCUCUAAAGCCUUGUGCAGCUGGGAUACAUUCCAGUGAAGCCUCUUGGUUCGCUUUGGUUCCUGGGAUAUUGGAUUUUUCGGGGAACUACAAGAAUAGUCAGCUUAGUUUUGCUUCAUCUUCUUCUAAUGGCAGAAGUAGUUCUACUAGUUCCAGCAGGUCAUCAUCUAGAAGAAGUACUAUUGACGCACGACCGUCAUCAUCUACUUCCCCUGGUUCUUCGAUUCGACACGUCACAGGAAAGAGCGCAAUGGCUGGUUCUCCUCAAGCACUUCCGGGGCAAGAUGAGUAUGAUGACGAAUUUCCCUCUAGGACCUUCGAGAGGACCAGCGCUGCAGAUGAGUAUGAUGACGAAUUUCCCUCUAGGACCUUGCGACGAAGAAGAAGGGUCGACCAGCAUCUUAGUAAUUGGGAACUCGAGCACCAAGCUCAAACCAGAAGUGCGAUGUUAGAGAGGACCGGCGCUGAAGAUGGGGAGAACGAAGCCAUGGGGCUUGAGACUGUUAAGGUCAGCAUUUAGUGUCCAUCUUUCUCGGCAUCUUGGUACCCUGCUUUUCCCUUGUAUUAUUUCUAUGAAAUGAUACAAGGGUAGUAAAGGGGGCAAGAUGAGGGGGCCGAGAUGCAAUCUAGCAGACUCUAAGACUGACGAAGAGGACGUGAACGGGAAGUACGACCCAGGGCAGAGCACCGACUAUGAAGAAGAGGAGACAUUUGCUGAGACGGAAGAGAGUCAUGCCGUAGAUCAGGGUGCUGAGGAUUACGAUUACGAGGAACUGGGCGAUGAAGAUGAUCUAGCUGAUCCAUACGAUGUUUUCGCCCACAAGGACGAGGUUGACCAUCAUGAUGAUGAAGAUGAUUUUUACGCUUUCAAUGUUGGUAGAAGUUUUCUCGACAGGGAAGUCUACAACGAGGACACGGACGCUGUCCCUGAUGAAGAUGCAGUUGAAAGAUACGAGCAACACCUUGAAGAAUAUGAGGAUGAUCUCCCAACAGAUGAGGAUCAUUACCUUUACCGCUCUGGACAUCAACCAAGCACGGAAUACGAAUACGACGAGCCGGCUGAUUAUCGUGCUCUUCUUGAUGUCGAUUCUUAUCAUGCAAAGGACGAAGAAGAGGAAGCUGACUGGGACCACGAUGAAGUUGGCGACGAGACUCGUCUGACCUCGGAGGAUGCAGCCUUCGAACCGUUUCCAAGUGGUUUCAUUGAAGUAAGCGCACCAGCAUCCAAGCAAGCUACAGAGGAGGAGGAUGCGCGUGGUACUGUAGGGGAUGAUACUGAGGAUGUCAAUCUAGAUCAGAUGGACAUGGAGGACGAGGAUGCGCAAGAUCUUGACGAAUAUGGUGACAGCCGAGAUGAUGCUGAGAACAAGAACACAUCAUCUUCCUUUCUCGAAGGCACGACCUCGAGGACGACCAUGACGAGAAGUACUAGGUCUGUAACAAGUGCCUCCCCUACAACUCCAUCCUCCUUCUACGAAGACCCCUACAACCAUGCUGAGAAAGCGUAUCGACAGCUGUACCUGAAUGCCAAAGAACGCGAAGCAGUGGCCUACACAGACCAAACCAUGAUGGCGAGAAGUGGGAGACAGCGAUACCCCAAUGAUCAAUUAAGGGUAGGUUAAAGGUGCUUCUCUUACCGCUUUUUAUGCCUCUUUCAAGGGAGAAAGGCAUAACAAGCGGGGUAAGCGAGCACCAAAAACCUACCUCUAAAUCAAUCAGAUUGGUACAGUCAACAGUGGAACACAGCUGCGAAUCAUUUCUACAGUGGUGCGAGUGGUGGUAGAAGUGGUGCUGCGGCUUACGGCUCUCCCUACGGAUACGGUUCUGCACCUAGUUCAGCUUCAUAUCCAAGUGGAGGUGGUCUCUACAGUGGGUUCCGAUUCGGAUAUCCAUCCAGUAAUAAUGCGAUGUGUAAUCCUUCAGUACCGAGCAUGCGAUCCGCGUGUACAGCAGAGGACUUCUGUCGAGCAAUGGCAGCUACACGAGUUGAGCCUGCAACAUCCGCGUCUGCUCUGCAACUCCAACUGAAGCAUAAAGGAGCAGGCACAGGCAGCUCUUCAUCCUUUUCUAGUAGUAGCGUUGGCGGACUCGCAAGAGUUGGUGGUGGAGGUCAACAAAGUAGUAUGAUCGGGACCUCAACAACAACGAGUGGAUGGAUCUUCUAUUGUAUGCAGCACGUGUCAUCCUCAGUUCCCGGUGGCGGUUACUACCAAGUCGUGUCGCAAUACUCGAUGGCGCCGGGUUCUAAUCCCUUUAGACCUCUUGCGCAAUCUGUUGUGGUGCCAGGUGGCUCCAGUCCUGGCGCGAUUUCUUCUCGUCCCUACUACACGACAGUUGCGGCAACGCCAUCAUCUAGCAAUCAGCCGAGUGUAAAUACCACGUCCGCCGACCUUGGAACAAGUGGGUCGCAUGUCGCCACUACUUUAACUGGUCAGUGGGGGAACGCGGCAAAUGGCAUGCCGUUUAACAUAAAAGUGCAUACAACUGUGAAGUCAUCAGGUGAUGGAAGUGGUAGUCCUGGUGUAGCAGGAUCUGGCGCUGGACCUGGAUUUGUCGUCUCUACCAUCAAUGGCCAAACUUUUCAGUGGAAAAAUUUCACUGGUCACGAGUGCAUUGCUGUUAGCACAGGGUCCCAGUCGCCAGCGACACUGCGCUCGCAGACGACGUACGAAACCUGUGCCGCUAUUUGUGCGCAGAACACCGACUGUAAGGGCUUCGAGUUCAAUGAGACAGGGAGUAUUGCGUUGAUACAACUGGGCGGGAGUGAAGGUCAAUCUUCUAUGAUUCCUCCUGGUGGCGGUCAAUCUUCUAUGAUGGUAAUGAAAACUGAUGUCGACAACAGUCUCCUGACCAAUAGCAACUCUACGUCCAGGACUUCUUCGCGUGCUAGUGGAGUUGCCUCCUCCUCGUUUUCUGCAUCGACCGAAAACGCAAUGAAAAGCACUUACGGUGUAAAUGCCGCAAGAGGCACUUCUAGUACAACUCGAAGUGAGAAACUUCAGUAUGCUGAAAAUAGUGCUGCUGAUGCCAAUUGCGUCCUGAUGCUGGGUGAACAAGUUUCCGUUGCUCCUAGCCAGACACUGAACUCCACAGGUUCGAGCUGCAAUCUCAAGCACUUUUUGCCUCAACAAGUGCGAAGCUACAAUGCAGGAGCUCCUCCUCCAGUUAGUACUCCUAUUCCAUCCAACAGUGUUGGAGGAAGCAAUUCUCCACCGAGUGGGGUGCCAGCUUUUUCGGGAGGCAGUUACAGUCCUAGCAAUUCACCUGCAACGUUUCCCCAUCCCUCACAACCGGCACCUCCUCCAGCACAAGUAGUUGUUUACAAUCCUCCUGUACAGCAACAGUCGAAUCUAAAUCCGUCAGCUUACAAUAAGAACGCAGUUGUAUCAACUCCAACAGCACAGCCACGCUAUGAAAUUCUAGUUCCUCAAGGUCAAAACUUUUGGGACUUGCUGCCAGUGUCGAAUCGCGAGUACUGUCGUCAGAACAUACCCUUAGCUUUCCUACGACACAAGAAUGACGCUACGCCUUACUACCCUCACAAGACAAGUAGUACUACGUCUAGUGGAAAUGCAAAAUCAGAUUCAGGUGGAGGUCAACAACAUCAGACUGACGUUGAAAAUCAGAACCAAGCAACGACGGGAGCACCACCUCCUUCUUCUUCGACAAGUACUUCGACUUCCACUGCAGCUGCGGUUCCUCAUCCAACCAAAUUUACGUUUGCAAAGAAGUCUGCAGGACCCUUCUCGCUUCUACUGUCGCUUUCAGUGCCGGGAGAAACGGAUUAUUGGCAUCUAGUGGAUUCGCUCGUUUUUUUCACAGCUCUGGAACACGGAAUUGGUAGAAUACUGUCCAUGGCGAAUGGGUACACGCCGAGUAUGAAUGGUCGAACAACAGGAGUAGACACAAUUGUCGAUGUGACAAGUGUUACGGACGUAGAGCCAGUAAGACCAAUCUUGAUACAAGGCAGUGGCCAAACCUCGCAUCUUCAAGAUCAACCAUCAGUUUCUUCUUCAAUCUUGAAGACAUCCUCUGGCCCCGAGCAGGGCACGGGUGUAGUGGUCGCGUCUUCUACCACAACUAGCACCCAUCCGCCCAGUAGUAGUUCUUCAUCUUCUGACGUACAAGGAAUACACCGAACUUCUUCUUCGGGGAAUGAAGCGGAAGUUUCGGCAUCCUCACUCCUCACCAAAACCACGACGAAUACUCUCCAAACAAGACAGCAACCAUCCCAAUCUUCAGGAGGAGGAGUCAAUUUCCGACUAGAAGUGAGGAUGAAAGUAGACUUCAAGGUGACUUCUGUUCCUGGCGCAAUAUUAAAGGCAAAACAAGAUAUCGACGAUCAUACAACCAAGGAAAUUCUGUACGAGCUAGUCGGUCAGAACAUUGACGACAACAAGGCUGAAUUUGGGUAUGCGUUUGCGUUUGCAGAAUUGCCGUAUCAAAUUGCAGAGAUCAAGAGUAUUGCCGUCUCUUCCGCGACAUCCUCCAACUCCCAUACGCCUGGUCACGCUGACUCUUCUGAUGAUGAAGGCCUGCUGUCAAAAACUACGACUAGAGUCUUGCUCUACCUGUUGUUGUUUGUGGUUCUAGCGACCAUAGUGGCUGUGAUAUGGUACAUUCGGAAGACAAGGGGAAGAGCAGGACCAGGACAAGAUGCUUCUCAAGAGGGAGGUGGCGAUCCAAGAAACUAUCCAGCAGGGGGAGGCGAAGCUGCAGCACCUGGUGAGGACGAUAACUAUUACUAUGAGCAGGGAGAGGAAGGAGUAGGAGGUAGUGAGGGCUUUGGAGGUGGGGAUGCUGGAGGUGAAGAUUUCGGAUUUGGCGGAGAUAUGUCCUCAUCUGGAGGGUCUGAAGGAAGGAAAAUUUGAAUGAAAACCAAAGCCGUGAUUGCAAAGAACGAGGUAAAAAGAUUUGAAAAAUGAACUUGAAUCAACUCAUGCCUGAUAUUAUUCCCAAAUGAUACAAAGCUAAAGCAAAAACGAAAGUCCUGCUUCUUUGACCAAGAACUAGAGCGCUUCUUUUCUAUCCCCAUUACCAUUCCCAAAUGAUCAAUUCGCUCUUCAU